AUGGGAUUACCCAUCAUAGGCCAUAGCCUCAGCCUUCUACAUGCCAUGCGAGCGAACAAGGGUGAGGCAUGGUUCCAUGAAAGAAUAAGAAAGUAUGGUCCCAUUUCCAAACUCAGCCUCUUUGGAACUCCUACGGUUUUUCUCCAUGGACAGGCUGCAAACAUAUUUAUAUACACGUGUGACAGCAAGACAUUUUCCAACCAGCAACCAGCAUCGAUGAGGAGAGUCUGUGGUGAGAAAAAUAUACUGGAGUUGAGUGGCAAAGAUCACAAGCGAAUAAGGGGAUCACUUGUAUCCUUUUUGAAGCCUGAAGCAUUAAAACAUAUCCGCAAUGAAGACAAUUCAGCUCUACUGUCUGAUGAGGAAAUUGAGGACAACGCGGUCAUUAUAAUGAUUGGAGGAUAUGACACGUCCUCCAUCCUCCUUACCUUCUUGAUCAGGCUUUUAGCCAAUGAACCAUCCAUUUAUGCAGCUAUUGUUCAAGAACAAGAGGAGAUUGCUAAAAGCAAGGCCCUGGGGGAGCUUCUCACAUGGGAUGAUCUUACCAAGAUGUGCACAUGGAGAGUAGCAAUGGAGACUCUUAAGGAUAACCCCUCCUGGGUUCUGUUCCUUCAGGGGGGUCCUCAAAGAUACAGAAUUUGGAGGAUAUCUAAUACCAAAAGGGUGGUGGUAUGGGCAGCAAGCAUGACUCACAUGGAUGAGAGGAUUUUCCCAAAUCCAUCAAAGAUCAAUCCAACAAAAUUUGAGCAGCAAGCACCAGCCCCUCCUUACUGCUUUGUGGCAUUCAGAGGAGGACCGAGAAUGUGUCCUGGGUAUGAGUUUGCCAGAAUUGAAACACUAGCUAUGAUUCAUUACUUGGUGACCCAGGUCACAUGUAAGCUUUCCUGCAUUGACGAUUCUUUCUGCAGAGAUCCAAUGCCAGCUUUCAAUUGGGGCUACCAAUUCAUAUUAAACCAAAGAAAUCUAAUGGUGUGA